AUGCCAAUGAAGUCGGUUAGCCAGGCCAAUGUGAUUAAGUUUGUGAAGCAUGAAUUAAUACUUCGUUUCGGUCUGCCUGAGACUCUUACCUGUGACAAUGGGUCAGUUUUCUCCGAAGGUGAGGUGUCUCAAUUUGCACAAGAGUAUGGGAUAAUGGUUACCUUUUCCACACCUUAUUACGCACAAGGUAACGGCCAACGCAUUGGCAAGGCCAAGAUAUGCUUUGGUGAUCUUGUCGGCCCGGGUACAGAUGAGAAAACGACAGAUCCAGGACAACAGAAAAGCAAUGUACUCUUGCUUGGUCACCGGGCCACUUUGUUUCCGGCAGUGAGUCAAAUAGGAGGUGUAGCUGGCAUUCCUUGUGAGAUUCAGAUCCCAACCAAUCCGGGAGCAAUCAGAGCUACCAUUGAUCUCUUCACCAGACGACUUCAGGCCGAGUAG